UAUUCUUUUCUGACCAGAUGAAAGCUUGCCUGCAAGAAAUGAAUUUUUAUUGCAACCUUUUUAUCACUUUGAAUUUUCGAACGAAACGUGUCGGCGCGCGUCUUGCUUUUGGUAUUAGUUGUCAGAUUGUCAAAUCAAAUGAAGUCGAGUGAAUUCAAAAUAUAAACACAUUUUUACAAGUUUUUAGCUGAUUACAAUUAGCGUUCUAGUGAAAAUAAGUGUUUUAAUAUCCAAGUCUUCAUGUUGUGGUAGAAAAUAAUUACAAUGGAUAUAAACGAAGGUACAACAACUGAUGACCUCUGGACUCCUUUCAAGGAAUUAGUGUCUGUGGUAGAAGGAUACUUAGCACACGAGGGCAAGGGAGCCCCAUAUGCAGUCCACACAUUUGAAUCAGUGCUGAGGCGGCACAAGCAAACAUUCCUUGCUCUGUUUAAGAAUCCCGCUAAGAACCCAUCAGUCCGUGAUGAGAUCCGACGUGGUGUCACAGAGGGUGUCACCCUCCCCAGUGUGGGCAGGAUACUCCUCUCUAAAGAACUGGUUGAUGAAGCCAUUAUUUUAUCAGACAUGUACAAUGUAAGUGAGUACCUGGCACUGGAACUGCUGCACACAGCGCAGCGGCAGGCCCCGCGGCACCCGGGCCUGCCGCGCGGGCUGGUGGCCGUGCUGCUGUAUUAUGACGGCAGGCGGGCGCUCGUGCAGGCCCUCAAGGAACUGGUCAUGGCUAGAGACGGUGUGUGCUGGUCCAUAAAUGCUCGUGAGGAAAUCGUGUCAUACGUGUCCCGCUACGUCGAGCAGUUGAUAUCGGACGGGUUGCUAGGCAAUGCUUUGGACGCUCUCCGCCGCUUCACCAUGGACUCGGAGAUGGAGCUGCUGCAAAACAACCGCGCCUUACCGCCCGCCAGGCAUCACGUGACCCUCGUUAAUACUAUAGACACGACCAGGAAGCUGUUAGCAGGCGUAGUAUUCGCAGCCUCGGCCCAGCGCGGUCUAAGCAGGGACAUACUCUUGAGGGUUAUAGCAGAACAAUCAUCGUCUCCGACACUUGGUCCGACUGGCGCGCUCGACGAGAUCUCACUGGGCUUGCAAAUGGCGUUGUUGUAUGCUCUGGAUUUGUCAGUACUACACAGACGCGAAGACGGCGAGGAGCUAGCCAAGAAGCUGCCCCUGAUUCAAGAGCCGGAGCUGAUCUCGGUGCUGCUGGAGACGCUGUCGCCGGCGGGCCCCGACCGGGGCGCGGGCGUGCGCGCGCUGUGCCGCUUGGCGCUGGGGCUGGCGCUGGCCGCGCUCAAGCGGGCGCCGCAGUCGCUGCUGCGCCGCGCCGCCGCCAACAAGUGCGACCUGCUCGACCAGGACGAGAUGCUCGUCGACGCCGCCAUCGAUGGCAAGGUAUUCGAGUAUCUAGACGAAGCGAUCCUGUCGACGGAGUUCGUGUGCAAAGAGGAGUACUACCAGCGCCGCAUACACACGCUCAUCACGGACUUCAUUGUGCUCAUGCACUCUAAACUAAUGGAAAUGAGGGUCAAGGCGGACGAGGCAGCCCGCGCGGUGCAGAUGUACACGUCGGAGGGGCUGACGCCGCCGGCGGGCGCGGGCGCGAGCCGCACGCGCCUGGACGCGCUGCUGCGCUGCGUGGAGCGGCUGUACGCCAGCGACCCGCUGGGGCUGCGCCACGACUACUGGCAGGCCUGCGCCACGCACCAGCACCCGCACCAGCACACGCACCGGUCGGGCGGGCGCGCGGCCACGCUGUACAAGUUCGUGCGGCUGUCGGGCGAGGUGGUGUGCGGCGCGCUGCUGGCGGCCUACCUGCGCGCGCUGGCGUCGCUGGCCGUGCCGCGCCACACCUGGGCGCUGCUCGCCAAGCGGGACGCGCUCUCCGCCUACCACCUGCUCACCGCGCUCGCCAGAUACCACAGCACGCUGCGCGCGGACCCGGCCCCGUUCUCCGAGCACGCGCACGCGGCGGCGCUGGGCGCGUCCGCCAUCCUCACGCCCGCCGCGCGCCCCGGCAAGCUGCUCGUGCGCCAGGAGGAGGUGGAGGCGUUAAUAGCAGCCUUGAGGUUGAUAGCGAGUGUGGCGCGGGAGGACCACGCCGCCUGCGCAGCCAUCUGCGAGAACCUGCAGUGGGAUGCUGUCAACUGCAUGUUUGGUCUGAUCUGCUGCCACAUCCCGCUGCAGCUGAAGGCGGAGCUGUGCGUGACGCUGGCGGCGCUGGGCGGCACGGCGGGCACGGCGGCGCGCGUGUGGGCCGCGCUGGAGGCCGCGCGCCUGCUGCCGCCCGGCGAGCGGCGCGGCCUGGCCGCCGAGCUGCUGGAGGUGGAGUGCCGCCUGGAGGAGUACCCGCUGUCGCGCGCCUUCCUGCAGCUGCUGCUGGCGCUGGGCGAGGCCGCGCCGCUGCCGCGCGCGCUGGGCGCGGGCGCGCGCGUGCCCGGCCUCGACCCCUACGUGGAGCACGCGCUGCUGCGCCUGGCGCUGCCCGCGCCGCACCGGCCCUACGCCAAGCCCGCCGAGAAGUGGCAGGUCCUAUCCCUCUGCUUCCGUCUAUUCGCACUUUGGCUGGACCAAUACGAGCCGUCCCCCUCAGACUUCCCUCCAGUGGGACGCGAGCCGGACACGAACCCGCCGCCCGGCUUCCGCCUGCUGCUGCAGAUGCACACCAAGUCAGAGUUCUUGCGGCUGUUGCUGACCUCGCUCGACGAGGCGCAGGAGUCGCUGGAUAGACAGCCGGCGCCCGCCAAGACUUACGUAGAGCAGAGCCUGGUGAGCAUCCUGCAGCUGCUGGAGCGCGCGCUGGCACUCGAGAGACCGCUGACCACGGCCGCGGCUGACGCCGGACGCUCUGUCCUCAUCGUGCCACUCUCCAAACUCAUCCUGGCGCCGGAGGGCCCGGGCAGCACGUGCCGGCUGGUGACGUGCUGCCGCGUGCUGCAGCACGUGGGCCGCCAGCCGCACGCCGCCGCGCGCGCCGUGGCGCUGCUGCUGCGCGCGCUGGCCGCGCCCGCCGCCGCGCGCCAGCUGCUGGCCGGCAUCACGCACCGCCACGCGCUGGCCGCCGAGAUCAGAUACGGAUUCGUAGAGUGCUUGGAAGCUGAAGAGUGGUCAGAGCCUGUGGUUGAGAGUGAAGCUGGUGCAAACGGUGUCAACGAGAGAGGUAGUGGCGCUGGGUCUGGUGGUGCGGUGCGGCAGGCCAAGGAGGGCGUGCUGCUGCUGCUGCACCAAGUGCUGCCCACCGCGCCGCCCAACCUCGCGCACUUCCUCUUGGGAUACAACCUCAAUGACGACGUGAGUCGCACGUCGCUGAGCGAGGCGGGCGCGGGCGGCCACCCGCGCACCUGCCUGCACUCCAUACUCGACAUCCUCGAACAACACAUCGCCGACCACAACAACACGCACAGGGAGGCGAACAACCUAGUGGAGAGUUGUUACCGGCUGGUGUACUGGUUGUGCGCUAGACCUAAUACGUCGGCACCCAUUCUUCGCUUCCUCCGCACUAGAGACUACUUCCUGUCGCGACACGUCAAGGCUACCAUCGACCUGAAGUCCGCGUCGGUGGUGUCGCUGUCGGCGCGCUCGUGGCUGCUGCGCGCGUGCGCGUGCGAGGCGGGCGCGGCGGCGGCGGGCCGCCAGCACGCCGCGCUGUCCGCGCUGCUCACCGCGCUCACGCACACCGCGCACCACCCCACGCAGGAGUGGGAGUGGUGCCUGCUGCGGCGCACGCUGGAGGAGCUGCCGGUGAGCGUGGCGGCGGCGCCCGAGCCGCGCUGGGACCUGUUCCAGCCGCAGCAGCUGCGCCAGGCCAUCGCCUCCUGCGACCUGCCCACCGGUCUGGGUGGAAAACGUAUCAGCGUGUCUCGUGUACACGCGUUACUGACGCGUGAGCUCGCGGCGCUACAUGCGACCGCACCGCAGAGGAACCUCGUAGCUACUGAGAUACAGAAGGUGUUAGACUAUGUAACUGAAGUGAACAGACAGCGCAACCUAGCGGCCACACUCACGCACUACUACGACUCGUGGCGACAACUUACAGAGAUCCUCUUCUGUGUCGCUCCCCACGACGUGCUCAGCCUGGAAUCUAGAAAGAAUCUCCUACUGAACAUACUACAGGACUUGCUGAACAAGAUACCGCCGGCCGAAGUUCUCCCGCAGCUUGGGAAUCUGGCGUCUGGCACAGUAUUACUAUUACUAGUCAAUCUCCGUCACUGCUUUAUUCUACAAAAGCGGGAUUCAAACCAGAAAUCAACAGAAUUCGAAAUGAGUUUCUUCGGACCCACUAACCAAAUAAUGCAGACGAAUUCUCUGACACUGAAGUUCAUACUACACAAAAUAUUAAGCUGGAUUCUAGUAUCAGGAGGUUCUACGCAGAAAAUGCGAGUCAAUUUAUAUGGAGCUUUACUAAACUACUUGAAUAUUGUUAAUUUAAAAUCGAGUGCCGCUGAUCCUGAGGACGAGAGCAUGGCCAACACUUACGUCAGUCGUCUCGACAGUUCGAAGGCCAGGCCUAGUCGAGAAGAGUCGGCUUUAAAGUCAAUGGUGAUAGAUGUGAUUAGUGACUUUGGUGAGAAUCUGUGCUCGAUUGUGUGCGGGGACUGUAUCGGAGGGGGGCACGACGUGUGCCGCAUGGUGGCGCUGGCGUGCCUCGACACGCUCAUAGAGAUCAACCCGAGGACGGACUGGAUGAAUACUCUCACCAACCAGGGCUAUUUGAGAAGUCUCAUUGAUAGCUUGCUGCAAGACGAUGAGGGAUUAAAGGAGACUUUGGAGCCGAACCCGAAGUCGCUGCGCGUGCUGUACGUGUACGAGUCCAAGCUGGGCCUGCUCAUCAAGCUGGCGGGCACGCGCGCGGGCGCCGAGACGCUGCUGGCGCAGGGCGCGCUGGGCUGCCUGGCCGCGCUGUCCGCGCUGGCCGCGCACCCCGACAUACACACCGGCUACGGCGCGCGCAGCGACACCGACUUCGUGCCCUCCGUGGCCAACAGAUUCCGUCAAAUCCUGGUCCCGGCGCUGGCGCUGUGCGACGCCCUGCUGACGACGCUGGGGCCUCAGAACCACAGCUGCGUGCUGCACGUCACACACGCGCUGCUCAGCCACGUCGAGUGCAUCGACGCCGUGCUCAGAGCGGCGCACCCGAACUCCCCGGUGGAGCUGCUGAUCGAAGUGGAAGCCAUAACGUCAGUGAUCAGCCGCGCGUCGUCCCGCGAGGUGCUGAGCGGGGAGCCGGCCGCCACGCGCGUGCGCUGGCUCAUGCUGGCGCUGCUGGCGCGCUUCCACCGGCCCAGCCAGGACCUGCCCGACCAGAACCAGACCAACCUGCUCUACUAUAAGAUUGUGUGCAACCUGCUGACGUACGCGCGCCACAUAAUGUGCGACUCGGAGGGGCGCGCCAUCCCGGGCGCGGGCGUGGAGAGCGGCGCGGUGGGGCGGCUGCUGGCGCUGCUGCAGCAUCUGGUGCGCGCCCACCACCACCACGACAAGCUGCUCGCCACCAUCCGCCACCAGCUGCAGAACCUGCCCACCAUGAGUCUCGACGACAUGCGCAAGCUGGUCCCGGGCGAGCGCGUCGCUGGCGCCGCUGGAGGUGUGCGCGCGCGCGGCGGAGGCGCUGCGGCGGCGCGGGGCCGUGCGCGGGCCGCGCGCGCCGCCGCCGCGCACGCGCUCUCCGCCGCGCUACACCUGCUGUGGGCGCACGCCAGCCUGCUGCUGCACCACGCGCCGCAUCUGCACGGUAACAUGCCACGCUACACUCACACUGUAUCACGUGGCGGCGCGGGGCCCGAUGAAGUGCCGGAACUGCGCAAAGAACUGAUUGCGGCUUUCAACGACAGGUUUACUGAACAACUUCUCGAUACUGCCAAGAACCAGGCUCAGGUCCAGCGCAGCUUCCUGGAGAUCCUGGUGAAAGACAUCAAGAGUAUGAUCCAGUUCUCCCCUCUGUGAUGAGCCCACUGUUUACUGAUCAUGUUCGACCCUAGCUUAACGAUAUCCUUUGUAAUAUUGCCUAAUAAAUAUACUUUUGUAAUAUGUA